AUUUACCUCCGACAUUUGUGCGACGCUUAAAUAUGGCUCUAUUUCCAGCCUUUGCCGAAGUCUCGAAAAACAGAGUUGAAGAAUCAUCAUCCAAAGAAUUAGACUGGCUUAACAAUAAGAGCUUUCAGACUGGAGAUGCUCUUUCCCUUCACAAUCGGUUUUCAGAGAAGCCAAACCAGAGGGAGGAAAGUGUUGAAAAGGAUGACGCGUCUUCUGACGAGGAGGAGAGGGGUGAUGGACCAUCAAGGAAGAAGAAAAAGAAAAGUGAAAAAAAGAGGAAAAAGAAGAAAAGUCAUAAAAAGAAGAAUGGGUCAGACUCUGAAACCAUCUAUCCCAGCGAUCUCAUAAAAGAAGAGAAGGGGAUAAGGGAGCAGCCGGUUUUGUUAGGAAGUCGUUUUUCCUGGUUGGAUGAUCUGCAGUCACCUACGGAGCAUCCAUUCUGUGUGGACUGUAAACCGGAUGCAGCCAAUUGGACUUAUAAGUCCCUGUACAGAGGAGAUGUAGCAAGGUAUAAGAGAAAAGGAAGCUCCACUUUGGGUCUGGACUUUCUCCGGCAGGGAGUCAGCUGGGAGGAAUCCGAGACAAAGAAGAAGAAGAAGAAAGCCAACAGUGGGAACCAAGAUGAAAGAUACUUUUCAGUAGCCACUCGAAAGCUGCUGCGGAGUGAGGCUCCCGUUUCUGUCAUUUCUGUCACUCCAGAAAGUAGUGAUGUAAUCAACUCAAGUUCUUUCCUCCCUCUGGGUGAUGCUGAACAGGAGAGCAUGGGACAGUCAGGUGACAAAGCAGAGACAUCAGUAAAUCCCCUAGGCGUGUACGAUUCCUCCACUGCCCUCUGGCUGCAGGGGAAGGGACUGCAGGGUGACCAGAAGCAAGAAACAGAAACGGAGGAAAAGUCAGGUUAUGCGGUUGGACGGACCGAGGAGUUUAACCGGCGGCUCAGAGAGCAGCCAACAGACACACAGCUGUGGAUACAAUUCAUUCGAUACCAGGAUGAGUUGAGUACAGCUGCAUUUAGAGGGGAUGAGGAGCAGCAGGGAGGUGAUUUAGCAGAGCGACGUAAGUCCUCCUACAGGGCGAUCCUGGAGAAAAAGCUGAGCAUUGCAGACAGAGCCGUGGAGACCAACCCCACCUGCAUCGCUCUUCACCUUGAGAGGCUCCGGAUCUGCCAGGAGCUUUGGGAACCCUCCGCUUUGGCUAAAGAAUGGAAGAAACUGGUGUUCCUCCACCCAAACAGUGCCCCUUUGUGGAAGAAGUAUCUACUUUUUACUCAAAGCUACUUCAGCAGCUUCACAGUGACAAAGGUCAACUCAUCAUAUGGAAAGUGUUUGAGCACGCUCAGCUCUGUGAGAGACGGCAGCAUGGUGUCUCACCCAGCUUUGCCUGGAAUCGAGGACGACAUGCUGGAUAUCUUCAUCCAGCAGUGUCAUUUCCUGCGGCAGUCCGGUCACUCUGAGAAGGCCGUUUCUCUUUUUCAGGCCAUGAUGGAUUUUACUUACUUCAAACCUGACAGUGUGAAAAACCUUCCCACGAAGCAGCAGGUUGAUUUCUUUGAGACAUUCUGGGACAGUGGGGAGGCGAGAGUCGGUGAGGUGGGGGCCAGAGGCUGGAAGGCCUGGAUGACCGAACAAGAGAGAGGAGGAUGGGUUCAACCCCCUGCAGAGGAAGAAGAAGAGGAGGAGGAUGAGGAUGAGGAGGAGGUGAAGGAUAGGAGCCUGCCCAGAGGAACCAUCUGGUUGGACGUGGAGUCAUCCCGGGAAGCAUUGCACUGGCUGCCAUGGAGACCGGACAAAGCUAAAGGCCAAUCAGAAGAGGACUGCGAGGACCCAGACAGACAGGUGUUGUUCGAUGACAUCGGCCCUUCCCUCAUUUGUCUGUCAUCACAAGAACUCCAGCUUCGGUUUCUUCUCAGCUUCUUGUCUUUCCUGGGUUGUCCUGUAGACUCUGUGCUCACCGCUGCCCCCUAUCAGCCUAGCACAUUCCUGGAGAACCUCUCUCUACUCACUCAAGGUACUGAGCUUCAGCGUCCUCUUACUUCCUUCAGCCUCCCUGAGACGGGGAUUAAUUCUGUAGGUCAUAUGACCACUCUCCAAGGAACAAGGAAGUGGUUGGGGCUUGGGAAGCAGGGCGAGAAGUUUGUCACCAACGUGUUCAGCAUGCUCCAGCCUGUCCUUCCUCCUCCCCAUCGAGCCGUGCUGUCACUCAGCUGGAUCCUGUACGAGAAGCUAAAGGUUUUGCACUGUCUGCGCAGCGGCAACAAAAAGCGCCUUCGCAUUCAGGGAAAGCGCAGCAAGCGGGUUGCCAAAAGACUCCUCAAAGAACCAGACAACCGCUCAUCGCUGGUGCUGUGGCGGGAAUACGCUCACCUUGAAUGGUUGCUGGGGAACCUGGACGAGGCUCGGAAAGUGUUCACCACGGCGACAGCCUUGGGUGGAACCAGGGGGCUCAGUAGUCCAGCUCUGUGUGAACUGUGCCUCCUGUGGUCGCAGCUGGAGUUGGAGAAUACGGUAAAGGAGUUGGGAGAAGUUAAUGACGUCACAACAUCUCCGGCUGUCAUGCUGCUGACCAGGCUAGCAGAAGGAUCGUCUUCAUCCUCAUCCUCCCAGACCAUAUCCCCGGUUUCCAUUCUGAAAGCCAGGAGAUCCUUUGAACAGUCUCUGAGCUCUAGCCUGUCAUCUCUGGAGCAAAACAUGCAAAAUCCUCAGCUCAACAAAAAAGCAACUCAAGAUGACCCGCAGGAAAAAGAGCUAAGGUUACGAGGCCUGGUUGGCUGCUAUGCUCUGUUUCAGUAUCUAACAGUGAGCAUCCAAGCUGCUAUUGCAGUCUACAGCCAAGCCAGAGAGAGGAUGGAGGAACUGCACCGCUCAUUAACGCCUGAAAAGCAGCUAGACGGCAGUGAGACGACUAGCCGUCUUCUAGUCAGUCGGUUAGCUUCAGAUUGUGAGGAAAUAGCAGUGCAACAGGCGGCGCUGCUAAGAUACAACAAUAAUGUUGGGGUUUGUCCUUUGGCAACACUGAGACAGAUGCUUACCUCUGCCCUGUCAUCCUGGCCCUGCAACGCCGCCCUGUGGAGUAUAUACAUUCAGGUGGAGAACCGUUACCAUAGUGCUGGCCGGGCCCGGCGUUUUUUCUACACUGUAACCAGAGACAACAGCAGCGUGGUACCCCGUCUGUUUGCUAUUGUUGCUGAACAACAUAGGAAGCAGCUGGUGGAUGCAGCUCAGAGGUCUUGCUGCUUGGAUGAGGCCCUCCCCAUCCUACCAGAAAACGGCCUCAGCAACCGAAUCCGAGGUCUGUUCGAGGGCGCCGCAUCAACAGAGACGGGUGCCCAUUGCCCUUUAGUGUGGAGGAUGUACAUUCAUUUCCUGGUGUCAGAGGGAAAGGCAGAUAAAGCCAGAGGAAUCUUUUACAAAGCCUUGCAGAGCAUUCCGUGGGUGAAGGGAUUGUAUAUGGAUGCGGUGCAGUUGUUCCCUGAGCACCUGCAGGAGUUUGUGGAUCUGAUGACUGAGAAGGAGCUUCGACUGAGGCUGCCUUUGGAAGAGCUGGAUAUACUGCUGGAAGACUGAGAACACCCCAAAAAUCUUUAAACAACUUUAAACGUUUACAGAUAGACUUUGAAGAUUAACAAUAUACAAUUGGUUUUGUUGUUCAUUUUUUUGUGCACUUAUUUUGAUUAAUAAU